CGAGAAUGAAGAAACUGGAGAUGAAGUAUCAUUAGAAGAACUAUUAUAAGUCGGUCGACUACACCCACUUAAAUAUACUUUAAUUACUAUAAAUUUCAGAUAUGACGCCUGCAAAACCGAAAUGUGGCUUUGGGGUCGUAAAGUGGAACGAGACAAUUUACGCCAUAGAAAAGGGUAUCACCAGGAAAACCAAAAAACGCUACGUAGAUGUAAUAAGUCUCAGCUGGAUUGAUCCGAUAACUGCAAAUCUAAGGUUCCCUAGAGGAUGUCCUGAAUACCGGAUAUUCUCAUUAAUAAAGAAGCACAGACCACUAACAAAAAACUUUAUCUUAAUUCCACCAGGAGACUACUAUAUUGAAGUGGAAACAAAAACUUACCGAGAGGCACAGAGGUACAUGAACGAAAACAAGGAGAUCUUUCUCACCGAUGCUACAAUGAGUACACUGGAGGAAGAUAGUGAGUUUGAUGAUUCAGAUGAGGAUGAAGGAACAGGAAAUCUGGAACUCGACAACAAUAAACUGUUGAAUAGUCAAGAAAUUAAUGACUUGGUUACUGAAGGUACAUGUUUAAUUAAUGAUAAUUAA